UCGCGGCCUCUCAGACGAGGGUGGGUUAGCAGGGGCAGCUCCCAACCCCCGUCCCGGACCCACACAACACCUCGACCCCUGGCCCACCCCGGCAGUCACCGAGAACGGUCCCCCAGAGUGCCUAGGUUCUUCCGGAGCCCGACCGGAUCCGGAAGCUUCUGGGAGCGAGGGGGUGGGACCGAAAAAACUCAAAAAAAAAGCGCGGCGAAAGCUAAAGGCCGGCCCAGGCUGAGAGGUGGUGGUCCGCAAGCCGGGCCGCGGCCGGUGCGAUGGACUCUACUGCCUGCUUGAAGUCCUUGCUCCUGACUAUCAGUCAGUACAAAGCCGUGAAGUCAGAGGCGAACGCCACUCAGCUUUUGCGGCACUUGGAGGUAAUUUCUGGACAGAAACUCACACGACUAUUUACAUCAAAUCAGAUAUUAACAAGUGAAUGCUUGAGUUGCCUUGUAGAGCUACUUGAAGACCCCAACAUAAGUGCUUCACUGAUCUUAAGUAUUAUUGGUUUGCUGUCUCAACUAGCUGUAGACAAUGAAACCAGAGAUUGUCUUCAGAAUACAUAUAAUCUGAAUAGUGUGCUGGCAGGAGUGGUUUGUCGGAGCAGCCACACUGAUUCGGUGUUUUUGCAGUGCAUUCAACUUCUACAGAAGUUAACAUAUAAUGUCAAAAUUUUCUAUUCUGGUGCCAAUAUAGAUGAAUUAAUUACGUUCCUGAUAGAUCACAUUCAAUCUUCUGAAGAUGAGUUAAAAAUGCCUUGUCUAGGAUUAUUGGCAAAUCUUUGUCGGCACAAUCUUUCUGUUCAAACACACAUAAAGACAUUGAGUAAUGUGAAAUCUUUUUAUCGAACUCUUAUCACCUUGUUGGCCCAUAGCAGUUUAACUGUGGUUGUGUUUGCGCUUUCAAUAUUAUCCAGUUUGACAUUAAAUGAAGAGGUGGGGGAAAAGCUAUUCCAUGCUCGAAAUAUUCAUCAGACUUUUCAACUAAUAUUUAAUAUUCUCAUAAACGGUGAUGGCACUCUAACCAGAAAGUAUUCAGUUGACCUACUGAUGGAUCUCCUUAAGAAUCCUAAAAUUGCUGAUUAUCUCACCAGAUAUGAGCACUUUUCUUCAUGUCUUAAUCAAGUAUUAGGUCUUCUUAAUGGAAAGGAUCCUGAUUCCUCUUCAAAGGUUUUAGAAUUACUUCUUGCCUUCUGUUCAGUGACUCAGCUGCGCCAUGUGCUCACUCAGAUGAUGUUUGAACAGUCUCCACCUGGCAGCGCCACUCUGGGAAGCCAUACUAAAUGUUUAGAACCUACUGUGGCUUUACUGCGCUGGUUAAGCCAGCCUUUGGACGGAUCGGAAAACUGUUCUGUUUUAGCACUGGAGUUGUUCAAGGAAAUAUUUGAGGAUGUCAUAGAUGCUGCUAACUGUUCCUCGGCUGAUCGUUUUGUCACCCUUCUGCUGCCUACAAUCCUUGAUCAACUUCAGUUCACAGAACAAAAUCUGGAUGAGGCUUUAAUAAGAAAAAAAUGUGAAAGGAUUGCCAAGGCCAUUGAAGUUUUGUUAACUCUCUGUGGAGAUGAUACACUAAAAAUGCACAUUGCAAAAAUCCUGACAACUGUCAAGUGUACCACUCUUAUAGAACAACAGUUUACAUAUGGCAAGAUUGACCUGGGGUUUGGAACAAAGGUUGCAGAUUCGGAAUUAUGCAAACUUGCUGCUGAUGUAAUUUUGAAAACUCUUGAUUUGAUUAACAAACUUAAACCUUUGGUUCCUGGUAUGGAAGUAAGCUUCUACAAAAUCCUUCAGGACCCACGUUUGAUUACUCCUUUGGCUUUUGCUUUAACGUCAGAUAAUAGAGAACAAGUACAGUCUGGACUGAGAAUAUUAUUGGAAGCUGCUCCACUGCCAGAUUUUCCUGCUUUAGUACUUGGAGAAAGUAUAGCAGCAAAUAAUGCCUAUAGACAACAGGAAACAGAACAUAUACCCAGAAAAAUGCCCUGGCAAUCAUCAAAUCACAGUUUUCCUACAUCAGUAAAGUGUUUAACUCCUCCUCAUUUGAAAGAUGGUGUUCCUGGAUUGAAUAUUGAAGAAUUAAUAGAGAAACUUCAGUCUGGAAUGGUGGUAAAGGAUCAGAUUUGUGAUGUGAGAAUAUCUGACAUAAUGGAUGUAUAUGAAAUGAAACUAUCCACAUUAGCUUCCAAAGAAAGCAGGCUACAAGAUCUUUUGGAAACAAAAGCUCUGGCCCUUGCACAAGCUGAUAGACUGAUUGCUCAGCAUCGCUGUCAAAGAACUCAAGCUGAAACAGAGGCACGGACACUUGCUAGUAUGUUGAGAGAAGUUGAGAAAAAAAAUGAAGAGCUUAGUGUGUUGCUGAAGGCACAGCAAGUUGAAUCAGAAAGAGCCCAGAGUGAUAUUGAGCAUCUCUUUCAACAUAAUAGGAAGUUAGAGUCUGUGGCUGAAGAGCAUGAAAUACUGACAAAAUCCUACAUGGAACUUCUUCAGAGAAAUGAAAGUACUGAAAAGAAGAAUAAAGAUUUACAGAUCACAUGUGAUUCUCUGAAUAAACACAUUGAGACAGUGAAAAAGUUGAAUGAGUCACUCAGGGAACAAAAUGAAAAAAGUAUUGCCCAAUUAAUAGAGAAAGAAGAACAGAGAAAAGAAGUACAGAAUCAGCUAGUAGACAGAGAACAUAAGCUAGCAAAUUUGCAUCAGAAAACAAAAGUACAAGAAGAAAAGAUUAAAACCUUACAAAAGGAAAGGGAAGAUAAGGAAGAAACCAUUGAUAUUCUUAGAAAAGAAUUAAGCAGAACAGAACAGAUAAGAAAAGAGCUGAGCAUUAAGGCUUCCUCCCUAGAGGUUCAAAAGGCACAAUUAGAAGGUCGUUUGGAAGAGAAAGAGUCCUUGGUGAAACUUCAGCAAGAGGAAUUGAACAAACACUCCCACAUGAUAGCAAUGAUCCACAGUUUAAGUGGUGGAAAAAUAAAUCCAGAAACUGUGAAUCUCAGUAUAUAGACAUUAUGGCAUUUUGGAAUUUGUAAUCUAAUGAUAUUUUUGAUGUAUUUAUCUAUUGGAGGGAGUGGGUAGGGGAGUUAAUUUGUGACUUCACAACAAUAAGUUAUCUAAUUUAGUAAAGACCCUGAUCUGAUGCAUGUUUUUUAUUUGAUAGUUUGAAUAGAAAUUUAAAUGUUUAAGUUUUACUUUUUGUUUCUGGCUUUUAUUGCUUAAGGCUUUCUUUGGUUCUUACAUUAGAAAAUCAUUUUUAACCUUCAUUAUCAUUUUUCUAAGGUUCUUUCCUUUUUCUUAGUUGCUUUCUAUUCUGUGUUGCCUGUCUUAUUUAUUGUCAUUUGUGAUUAUUUAGAUCUUAAGACCAAACUUUCUUGAUAUAACAAUCCUAAAGAUUACAAAAUAAAAAUAUAGAGGGAGUAAAAAUAAAAAGUAAAGUUAAAAGGGAGAAGGUAUGAUAAUGCUAGAGAAGUUUUUCUCUGAAGAAGCAGAGAAGAGAAUAUUAGUGAAUUUAAAAUAAUUUUUAUUACUGCAUUUAAAAUGCAGUAACAUGUGGCAUAAUUUCUAAAUUUGAAAAAAAUGCAAUGGUAAUAAAAUGUAUAAAAAUUAGAAAACUGUUAUUGUGUUAAACUAUUACAUUUAAAUGAUUACAUUUAACACAAUAGCUGUCUCAUAAAAAAUCUAAUAACUUGUAGAAGUUUUUUGUAAGGUAUAUUUAGUGUUUUUUUUUCUCUUUUUUCAAAUGUUGCAUAGUGGUCUAGAUCAUCUAUAAUUGAUUUACGUAAGGAUCAUUUGGAUUCUACUCUUGCUGCAUAUUCAGAAAAAUAUUAUUUACUGUUAAUUCUGAUAUGAAUUGUAUUUAAUGUGUUGUCUUAAAUAGUUUUUAAUUGGUUCAUUUAAUUUUAAAGCAUAGGUUAAAUACCUUUAUGGUUUUUUUAAAUACAAGGGUCCUUCUGUACUUUUCAUUUGAAUCAUAUGCUCUAACUACUGUGUAAGAAAAGUUUUUACAUCAAUAUUUUGAUUGAUUUUAUUGCUAUACCAUUACAGUCAUUAAUUUUAGUUGGUGUUUUCUUCACCAUAUCUCUCUUUGAUUUAAGUGAAUUUAGAUUUGUGCAGUUCUGGAAAUUUUUUAAAAGGUAUUACGCAGAGUAAAACAUUUUAAAUUACUAUUUGUUCUAUAGAGGAGGUACAUUCUGUUUCUCUUUUGAAAUUGCAUGCAUUUUCAAUCAAAUACGAAAAAGUUUAAGUGGAUAGAUAAGACUGAAGAAUAAAAGGUUCUAUAAAAGGGACAAAACGUUAAAGAAAUAAAUGAAUGAAUGAACCAAAAACUCUAGGGAAAAUCAGUCUAUCUUUACAAUUCAGACAUCUUGAGACAGCCUAGCCUAGUGCUGUCCUAUACAAUUUUCUGUGAUGGCAAUGUUCUGUGAUGUCUGAUACCAUAGCCAGUGGCUACAAGUGGCCAUUGAGCGCUUGAAAUGUGGCCUGUGCAACUGAAAAAGCUAAAUUUUUAAUUUUAUUAAAUGUAAUUUUGAUAACCAUCCUAUUAGAUAAUACAGAAAAGAUCUAUAUAAUUACCCCAUAUAUAUAUUGUAGCCGUUUUUUAAUGUAAUUUUAACCUGUUUAUUUCUAAUCUUCUCUCCCUAAAGAGGAAAGUCCAUACUGCAGCUUUGAAAGUGAGUACUAAUCAUCACCCUUUAUCUCUUUCUGUCUCUUGUAACACCUUUCAUAUUGUUUCUAUUGUUUUUCUGAGUGCCUUGAUUAUAUCACUUACUUUUGUUUUCUUGUUGGACCUUGUACCUCAUUUAAAAAGCAAAAGUGUGUGUAAAUAUUUUUUUCUAAAAAAUUUAAUCAAAUUUGAACCACCACCAUAGUCAGGGUUUUGUAUGUGUGUAUGCAUGUCUACUUCCUGAUGGAAAAAACAAAACUUAGGAAGUGCAUCAUUAUAUUAGGAUUACUCACAUCCUCUUAAAAUUUUGCUGGGGAGAGUUUGUCUCCAAAGUAUACAUUAACACAGUUUCUUUUACUAUUUACACUUGCCACUUGAACAAAUAGACACGUCUCAUAAAAUUUGGUUGGUUGAAGUUUAUAUUAAAUUGUUCAUUAAUUUAAUGUCAGGAGAAAAGGAAAAUAAUGAAACUGUAUGCUGUGUCUUAGGAAAUUAUCAGGUCAGUAUCCCUUUGGGUCUAUUUACUUAAAAGGACUAGUUAUUUAAGAAUAAAGAGAGAUUCUAUCAUGAGUUAGGACUGUCACUUAAAUGAAAAUAUGUUUAAAUUUCUA